UUUGGGAGUUGAAAUCAGUCGUCCGUCUCACACUCAGCGGGAAUGGGAAGGUCGGGGUACCUUUGAAAAUAUUUUUUUCUUCUCGAACUCUUUAAAUUCCGGCACAAGCUGCUCCAGAUAGAAGCGCGCUUUAUCACUCGCCGUAGCCAUGGCUUCGUUUAACCAGAGAGUAUCCCUGGGGUUGGUUCUAUCGCAAAGCGCUCAAAAAGUUCUCCGUCGCCGAAACGACUGAGCUCAUUUAUUUUUUGAUAUUCGGUCCCGGAAAAACAGCUCUACCGGACACUAGCCGCCUUAGGCCUAGACCUUUUCUCUCCCGUCGCCAAACCAACCAUCCAAACCAUCUUCUAAGUUCUGGCCGAACUCUCGCGAACACGGUCUUUCGGACGACUGACUUCAGGGGCAGUUGUCGGCUUCACCACACAGUUCUCCUCGUGCCUUUGUUUUCUUUUUUCUUUCCUUUUCUUUUUAGGGUACUUUCUCGAGCCUCUUUCCCCUAAUUCAUAUCAAUUUUAAUGGUUCCCUUGUUCUGUUUGUAUUACAUGUACUCGCAUUAGAGAUCAACCCGCUCAACCCCCCUCGCCAGUCUGCUCGCCCGCUACAACCAUGGCCCCCAAAUUCAAGGACGGAGAUACCGUCGUGUCUAUUAAUGGCAAAUGGGUGUCUUGGGCGCAUACUGUAGCCGCCUACACUGCUUUCCUCGGAGCAUUGAUCGUUGGUAUCCGGCUUCACUACCACAAGAUUGUCCAAAAUGAAUAUUAUGGCUACCCACAAGAAUGGUUCCCUUCAGUCUCGGCAACAAUUGGCGAUCGCUACCCGGAACGCUCCGUCUUCCAGCUGUUUAUUGCUAUCACAUCAGGCCCACGAUUCGCCCUCGUAUUCCUCUGGUACAUCCUCACUGCUCGCCCCAAUUCUUCGCUGCCGAAAUUCGUCGCUGGGGUAGGGCUGUUCCGGACGUUGACUUGCGGUGGCUGGACAUAUAUCACUUCAACAGAUGAUCAUGAUUGGCAUGAUAUAUUCAUGAUCUCAUAUCUGGUUGCUACACUGCCCUGGACGUUGGGGUGUCUUGCCUUAAGCCCCAAUAACCACCAGGCAGUGAAGUAUCGGAAGAUUCUUGCAGGCGUCUUUUUCGGCACACUUGUACCAUUGAUAUACUACUUCAUUCAGCACAAGGUUCACAAGGUCCCUGGUGCCUACACGAAAUAUGCCUUCUUUGAAUGGGCACUUGUCUUAUUUGAUGUAGGAUUCGACGCAGUUACUGUCCUUGACUUCGGGGCAUUCGAAAUCGUGGUCAGAGACGUGAAGGGUGUCAGUAGAGGAAGAUCAAAGACCGCUGGAGACGCUGUUCUUGAAACCCAAAAGGAUAAACCUGUUGGCCGUACUUUUGGUGAGGGAUUUUUCUGGGCAGAAGCGCUUGACGCGGCUGCUGAUGUGUACAACGGCUUCGUCUUCUGGUCCAUUCUAACAUCUCUUGGUGUUUUGGUGUGGUACUUCCCACUGUGGCAUAUGGGCAUAUCGGGCUAUGAAGUCCUUGUGAUGGUCUCAGUGUCUCCCUUCCUCCUAUCCAUUCCAGGACUCCGAUCUUUCGCCGUACGCAAUGUUCGUAUCAUCCAUCUCCUCUCUCUCAGCGGCCUCCUCGCCUACCUCAUCCAACGUCCCGAGUACCGUCUUUUCACAGUUGGAUUUUCAGUAGCUAUGAGCUGCCUGGCGUGGCCGACGACGUGGUACGGCGAACGGGGCCAACCUGCGCGUCUCGAGGCUCGGAUACUAGCAUGGGGUUUAGGCCUCCUCGCGUCAAGCGUGGCCAAGUUUGGGGCACACACCAAUAAUCCAAUUUGGCCAAUUAUGCACCCAGGAAACGGCGGAUGGAACAAAACUGCCUUCGUCCUUGCUGUGUUCUCCGUUCUCCGUUCAACACGAAGGGUCACCACAAGCGGCGACUACUUCCCCACCACUGGUAAAAAGAAGGGAUCUUCUCUGCUUGCCGCUGCGGGCCUUGGCGGCUUGUUCUUCGCUAUGCAUUCCCUUUUGUCGGACUCGAGCACUAUGAUUCUCUGGGUCUGGGAAGGUUUUCCCAUUCGAGGACCUAUCUCAGUCCCACACGGAGCAUAUACAAUCAUCGCGAUGGGUGCGGGUUCGGUGCUCGGAGUCUUUUAUCCUCGCCUGUCAGGCUCAUGGACGGCGUUUGGCAUUGGUUCCAUUGGGGCGGCUGUGCUCACCUCCUACAGCCAUUGGUUCGGCUACUACGGCGCUCUAAUACUUGCUAUCUAUGUGAUGGCCGUUUCACCUGUACUCGUCACCUCCGCUGUUCGCCAUUCUCCUGCCACGACCUUCGGUCUUGGCUUCCUUAUAUACAACUUCAUGGUGCUGUUCCAUGUUUGGGUCGUUGCAUACGCUUUCGUUCCCGGCGGUCCACUUGUGAGAGAGCAUACCGACUGGGUCAUGCUGACCACAAUGCUUCUCAUUGGUGCUGGUGUAUUCUCCGCAGCCAUUUCGAAUUCCCAGUCUACUUCAGUGAGAGGGAAGAGGUCUAUCUCGAGUAACGGAAAGGCGCGAUCUUAUUACGUUUAUGUCCUCACCGUUCUCCAACUGCUAUCAAUCUCCAUAGGAUAUCUUCGAUUCCCCACCAACGAUUACACCCCUUACCAUAAGGACGAAAAAUUGGUCACCGCUGGUAUCUGGACUGUGCAUUUCUCUCUUGACAAUGACAUGUGGUCUUCAGAGAGACGCAUGCGGGACGCUAUCAAGGACCUUGAGCUUGAUGUUGUCGGCCUUCUAGAGUCUGAUCUCCAGAGAAUCAUCAUGGGUAACCGCGACACCACCCAAUUCCUCGCGGAGGAUCUGGGAAUGUACGUGGACUAUGGCCCAGGACCCAACAAACAUACGUGGGGCUGCGCUCUGCUCUCCAAGUUCCCCAUUCUCAACUCAACACACCAUCUCCUCCCGUCUCCAGUUGGUGAGCUAGCACCAGCUAUCCACGCUACCUUAGAUAUGUAUGGUGAACAUGUGGAUGUCGUUGUCUUCCACUCGGGCCAGGAAGAAGAUCCAGAAGACCGCCGGCUACAGAGCGAGUACCUUUCGAAACUAAUGGCGGAGUCCACGCGCCCCUUAAUUCUCCUUAGUUACCUCGUCACGAAGCCUCUUGAGGGUAACUACAACACGUAUGUUAGCGAAGCGAAUGGGAUGAAAGAUAUCGACCCAAGCGAUUGGGAUCGGUGGUGCGAGUAUAUUCUGUACAAGGGAAUCAAAAGAACUGGCUAUGCGAGAGUGAGUCGGGGAACUAUCACAGAUACGGAACUCCAGGUUGGUAAAUUCAUCGUUGGUCAACCGGAAGAUACAUCCAAUGUCCGCAUUUCGGAAGAACAUGUACCUCCCGCGCUGCGAUUCCCAGCUCUCUUCCGGGGCCAAGGCGUCCGUGGCCAUAGGUAUCAUGUAUUUGACGAGCCGCGCUACUUUGCUUAAGUAAUAUUGCAUUAUCUUUAGAUUUCUGUGUCUAUACAUUUCCCUUUCUCCCCCGCCCCCCCCUUUUUUAUAUAUAUCAUAUUAUUUUACUUUUCUUCAUUAUGUAUUUAUUAUCUCUCUUUUCCGGUCGUUAAUUUCUCUUUUCCUUUUCCGAAGUCGGCGAGAGGAUACUCUUUUGUGUAGAGCUUCAAGGUGGCGAAGAAAUAUAACAAGUCAUAAUUGCUUAUAAUGCUCGGUUCUGGAAGCCUUUUAUAUAGAUAGACGUUUAACAGUCGUAUAUUCCUAAAAAACUCGUACCAGAAAGGAUUCAGUCAUGUGACAGCUGUG